UACGUUUUUGAGACAGAGAACUCCAACGUCUGUUCCUCCGAUCUGGCCUAUGACGUGCUGAUUAGAAAUCUGUCAAAACGGCUCGGCAGCCACUCGAAAUACUCCCUCCUAUUCGUGGAUCUCUUUGGUUUGUUCAUCAUCACCACCGUCGGAGUGAUAGCCUCCUUUUUAUUGCUCUUCUUCGAGCUCACCAUCUAUGGACUGAAACGGGUAAAUACCAAAUCACUUUUUGCUUCGAAUGAUACUCGCGCCUCCGAACGUAUCUGGGCCUACGACCUAUUUCGGGAGGGCCACUCACUCACGAAGCUGGCAUGA